UUUGGUGUAUUUCAAUUAGCCGGCUUUCAGAGGAGUAGGGUUUAACGUGUGGUAGGUUACAAACGGCGUUCACGGGAGAAUUACGAUUAAGAUAAACACAGGAGACGGAACAGCUUUAGCAGUCGGCUGCGUUCAGAUUCUUUUGUAACUCUGGUCGAUUUUUUUGAGAGAGAAGUCUGUCUGUGAGAUGGCUAGAGGAGAAGGAGCUGAGCAGUACUCCAACGCCAGUCUGCUGAAGAAACGCGAUGCUAAUGAAAACACAACCGCUUCUAAGAGGGAAGCGGAACGUCCUUUGUCAGUGUGCAAUAAGCUGUGUUACGCUAUAGGAGGAGCGCCUUAUCAGAUCACAGGAUGUGCCUUGGGUUUUUUCCUCCAGAUCUAUCUCCUGGAUGUUGCUCUGCUGGAUCCGUUCUAUGCCUCCAUUAUCCUGUUUGUGGGACGAGCCUGGGAUGCCAUCACUGACCCCACUGUGGGUUUCCUGGUCAGCCGGACUCCGUGGACCAGAUAUGGGAGAAUGAUGCCAUGGAUUGUUCUGUCCACUCCAUUUGCAGUAACGUCCUACUUUCUCAUCUGGUACGUGCCUCCUGUGGAUCAGGGUAAAGUCCUCUGGUACCUCAUCUUCUACUGCCUCUUCCAGACUCUGCAAACGUGCUUCCAUGUGCCAUACUCGGCCCUCACCAUGUUCAUCAGUUCAGACCAGAAGGAGAGAGAUUCAGCCACAGCCUAUCGUAUGACUGUGGAAGUUUUGGGAACUGUCAUUGGCACCGGAAUCCAAGGUCAGAUUGUGGGAAUGGCCAAUGCGCCCUGCAUACCAGUUGGAAAUGACCUCAAUUCCACCUCCCAGAAUUUUGAAUCUGAGCUUAACAACACCCAAACACACAUUUCCCUGGAAGACACAAGAAAAGCUUACAUGAUUGCCUCAGGAGUUAUUUGUGCCAUGUAUAUCCUCUGUGCCAUCACACUCUUCCUCGGUGUGAAGGAACGCAAAGAAACCUCAAAGGUACGAUCGGAGCGCAUGUCCUUCUUCCGAGGUAUCCGACUAGUGAUGGGCCAUGCUCCUUAUGCCAAGCUGGUGAUGGGCUUCCUCUUCACCUCUCUGGCGUUUAUGCUCUUGGAGGGCAACUUUGCUCUGUUCUGUUCCUACACCCUGGGCUUCAGAGAUGACUUUCAGAACGUCCUGCUGGUCGUCAUGCUCUCCGCCACGCUCACCAUCCCAUUCUGGCAAUGGUUCCUCACCCGAUUUGGCAAGAAAACCGCCGUCUUUGUUGGAACUACAAUCGUGAUCCCAUUCAUGAUCACAGUGGUCCUGUUGAAGAGUAAUCUCAUUGUGACCUACGUUAUUGCCUUCGCUUCUGGGGUCAGCAUUGCUGCCGCCUUCCUCCUGCCCUGGUCCAUGCUUCCUGAUGUGGUUGAUGACUUCAAAGUUCUGAAUCCUGAAUCUCAAGGGCACGAAGCCAUCUUCUACUCCUUCUACGUGUUCUUCACAAAGUUUGCCUCUGGAGUUUCUUUAGGAAUUUCAACUCUAAGCCUCGAUUUUGCAGGUUAUGUAACGAGAGGUUGCACGCAGCCAGCAGCAGUGGAUGUUACACUAAAGGUUCUGGUCUCUGCUGCUCCAAUUGUACUGAUCAUCAUAGGACUGAUCAUAUUUAUCUCUUAUCCCAUUAACGAAGAGAGGCGACAGGGAAACCGCAAACUUCUCAACGAGCAAAGGGAGCUGGAGUCCGAUGCAGACUCGUCAGAAUCUGAGCUGGCCAAUGUGCUGUAACACCACAGAACUCUAAAGAGGGCCGUCAAAUUGGACGACCAAAUACAGGACCCUCAAAGAAAUGCCCUGGGACGCAUUCAAUCCAAUCCUGUUUACCCUAUUGUGUUCACGUGACAUCUACUUCAUUAGGAACCUGAAGUGGAGGAUCUGAAAGAUCCAAGUCAUUUUUGCUAUUCAGUGUCUGAAAGCAGCUCAACCACGUGCAGGUCAAAAAGACUCAAUUCGUUCUCAUUUGAACAAGCACAAAAGCUUGACAUGUGAUGUGAGCGUAAUGCAGGUUUGGUUUAUGUUGCCAAUGCUAGUGCUGCUCUCCAAAAAGGAAUUAAGACAUGUCCUAAACUUGAAAAAGCACUCACACUGCACUAACCUGAUCUCCACCUGACUGAGGAUGAGGGAGAAACUUCACCUUUUAGUUCUUUCUGAAAUUCAAAUGCAUUUCUUCAAAUCCAGAGUAACUCUUUUAAUACAUAAAAAAAAAAACAAGUUUUUACAUGACAAGGAAUAAUUCAGUAAUUCACACUUUUGUAGUGUUGCCAAAAAUAAUCAGUAUACUAUACUACUUUAUUACAGUGUACAGAAGAAUUCAGUGUUUGUGUGCGUGUGCACGAGUGGGAAUAUCUGUGCGUAUUUAAUUAAUUAUUAUUAUUUUAUUUUAUUUUAUUUUUUUUCGGGUUAUGAAGUACAAUAUCAGUCUCCAAAAACCAAUUUUUGAUCCUUUUGCUAUGUUAAACAGACGCGAAGUUGAAACAGCACCCUGUUCCAGUAUUUGCACAGUCAAAGCAGUUUCUUCCCAUUUGAUUUACCAGGGUCUUGAUAUAUUGACUUGGAUGGUGUUUGUCCUGCAUCGUUGACAAUCUCCAACACAAGGGGAACGAAGCUCUUUAAUUAUUUAAUGUUUUUAAUAUUGUGUUGGUUGGGUCAUGUCAACUUCUGUGUAAUGCCUCUUGAAGGGAAAGGAAAGAAAGAAAAAGAAAAAAAAAAAGAAGUUCCUGGAGCUCUAUGGUUAAGACUCUUGUGGUGUCACAUCACUGUUUCAGUGUUUGUCCUUCACGUCUAUGUGAAUCUUCUGCCUCUGCAAACGAUGGCACAAGGGAAGCACUAGGGUUUUUUAUUUAAGUGUUGUAGUUGAUGACUGUAUUCAUCUGAAAGUGGUUUUGUUAAAUAUGGACCGAAAACAUCUGCUGUAACUAAAACCAUCUCUUUUUUUUUUUUUUCUUUUUGCAAGUCAUCACUUCAGACCUAAGAUGACUUGUGAAUAUACAUUUGUAUAUGUUGUCAUAUGUCGUACCUACAUAUAUUAAUGUAUCUACAUUUGUGGCAGAAUCUCUUGAAGGUAUCUCUUUUUGUUUUUGUUAUUUCUGCUGACAUUUUGAUCAGUGACAUGGUUCAUACUGGUUUACAGCCAGAAGCAAUUCCACUACGUACUGUUGCUUUACAUAUUUGUGUACAUAUGUAGAUAAUGUUUGUACAGUGUUUAAAUAUUGUAGGUGUUAAUGACUGUAAAAACACACACACAUUUGUUAUUUAAGUUAUGAAAUCUGAGUUGAUUAAUAAAUGCUAAUUGUCUCUUCA